UAAAAAUACCUAUGAUUGUACUGCUGAGUCGACAAACUGGGAAAAUCGGGAAUUUUCAGGGAAUAUAACUUACCAGGAAUUAUUAUGAACAUCUAAAAGCUUGAAACUAUUGACCUAACAAUGGUUGUUUGAUUAUAUUUUGAAUUUUAAUUAUCGUAAUCAUCCGAAUUUAAACUAUGUCGAAAGAAGCAUCAGAAUAUUUACCUAAUGACCCAAGUUUUGCAACAAAAGCCAUUCACGUUGGUUCAGAGCCUGAGCAAUGGCAUUCUUGGGCUAUGGUUCCACCAAUAUCAAUGUCCACAACAUUUAAACAAAUGGCACCUGCUGAUUUCAAGUGUUAUGAGUAUGGACGUUCAGAUAAUCCUUCAAGAGUGGUCCUUCAGAAAUGUUUAGCAGCCCUUGAUGAUGGAAAAUAUGGUCUAUGUUUUGCAUCUGGUUUGGGUGCAAUGACAGCUUUAGUCUCAUUAUUUAAUAGCGGUGAUCAUGUUGUAUGUGGAGAUGAUAUUUAUGGAGGUACAAAUCGUUUAAUGCGUCUAGUAUUCAGUCGUUUAGGAAUUGAAGUAUCAUAUGUUGAUACCAGGGAUGUCGCAAACAUUGCCAAGGCAAUUAAACCAAAUACAAAAUUAAUAUUUUGUGAAACACCCUCAAAUCCAACGUUAAAAGUAACAGAUAUUCGAAAGGUGGCUGAAUUAGCAAAAUCGAAAAAUAUUAUAUCAGUUGUUGAUAACACAUUUUUAACAAGUUACUUUCAACGGCCAUUAACUUUAGGCAUUGAUGUGGUUUUAUAUUCGUUAACAAAAUACAUGAAUGGACAUUCUGAUGUAAUUAUGGGUGCACUAGUCACAAGUGAUGAGGAAAUUUAUAAACGUUUAAAAUUCUUACAAAAUGCGAUGGGUAUUGUACCAUCACCUUUCGAUUGUGCCAUGGUUACACGUAGUUUAAAAACACUGGCGGUACGGAUGAGAGAACAUAUGUCGAAUGGAUUAAAAGUUGGACAAUUUUUAGAAAACCAUCCAGCUGUUGAAAAAGUUUUACAUCCAGGUUUACCUUCUCAUCCUCAAUACGAAUUAUCUAGAAGCCAAACACAUGGUUACAGUGGAAUGUUAUCAUUUUAUUUAAAAGGAGGUCUUGAAGAAUCGCAAAAGUUUUUCAAAGCUCUUAAAGUAUUCAGUUUAGCCGAAAGUCUUGGUGGUUAUGAAAGUUUAGCCGAACUUCCAAGUGUAAUGACUCAUGCCUCCGUACCGGAUGAACAACGAGCUGAACUUGGAAUUACCGAUAAUUUGAUACGAUUAUCUGUUGGUCUAGAAACUGUUGAUGAUUUAAUUAAAGAUUUAGAACAAGCUUUGAAAGCUGCAACAAAUUAAUGAUUUAAUUUUUUUAUUUCUUUUUUAA